GAAGGUCACUCUAGAAAGUUCACCUGCAGAAGCUGAAGUAGAGCGGCGUUCAAUUUUGGCUACGAAUCUCUUCAAAGGAGAGGGCUUCAGUGAGGAAGAUCUUGCUUGACACAUGUUUAAGCAAGAAUUUAGAAAUCUGCAGAGCCACCUCACACUUUUUCCCCUGAAGCUAAAGUCGUUAUCUUAUAAACUGCAGGGAGCUUACUUGCUUGGUACAGCUGUAAAACAUGAAUCCAAAUGAAUCUGCAAAGUCUCAUGCCAAACCCGAUAUCAUUCUGACUGGGACUGCAAAAACAUGUCCAAUUGGACCGCCACUUGGUUUGGUUGACAUAGGCAGUAGUGAUAAUGCAUAUAUUUUUCGUGUUGCGCUUCCUGGUGUAAGGCAUAAAUGUAAUAUCCAAUUUGACAUACAGAGAGAAGGGAGAGUCCGGAUAGAAGGUGUGAUUACAGAGAGUGAGGCUUUGAAAAACUCACUCAAGGGUUAUGAGAUGAAAGUUCAGCAGCUUCCUUCCCCUGGGCCUUUUACCAUAUCGUUCAAUUUGCCAGGACCUGUUGAUCCCAGAUUAUGUUCCCCGCAGUUUAGAACCGAUGGCAUUUUGGAAGUCAUUGUGAUGAAAUAUCAGAUACCUUUGGUUUCAGCAGAAGGUUUGCCUGAGAAUUGGUACAAUGGCUCUUUCCCAGCUCCUUGAAUUCUAUUUGGUCCACAAUCCCUAUGACACAUGAGAAUCCUACUUACUCUACAACUCUUGUAUUGAAUAUAACAUGGCAUCAGCAACGACUUCUCAACUUCUAGGUAGCCAUACCUGUACACCAAGGGAUUUUGCAUUAUAUGUUCCAUUUUGGCAAUGUUGACUUGUUUUUUGAAUCAACUGUACUUUAUGGCAAAAAAAAAAAAAACUUGGGAGCAUUGACAGCUUUUCCAUCUUUAUUAUGGUCUAUGUUUUCUGUCUUUUCAUCAACUUAUUGUGAGUCCCCUAUUUGCCUGAGUACUGGGAAAACCAUGACUGUAAGUCUGUUGAUGUCUCGAGCAAAGUAUACUUUGUUUUUUCAUUA